AAAGUCAAAAAAGAAAGGCUUUGAAGUUCUUACAGUUUCGUCCUUUCUCUUUCCUUUGUACCGAUGAGAAAAUGAGCUCCACAUGCGGCGGCCUUACUCCUCUCAACGUCAUCGGAAUUCUUCUCCGAUCGGAGUCUUCCCGGAACUGUAAUUCCCAACAGAAGUCCCGUAUUCUUAGAGAUUUCGUCACUCGCGAAGUCAAUGCUUUCCUCUGGUUCUUUCUCAUCGCCAUCACUGCGGUUCUGAUCAGCAAGGUUGUUGCGCUCUUCAGACUGUGGUCGAAGGCGAAGCAACUCCCUGGACCUCCUUGUCCGUCUUUCUAUGGUCACUCCAAGGUUAUUUCGCGCUGGAAUCUCACUGAUCUGUUAUAUGACUCUCAUAAAAAAUAUGGACCAGUUGUCAAGCUAUGGUUGGGUCCCAUGCAGCUUUUAGUGUCUGUAAAGGAGCCAGCUCUUCUCAAAGAAAUUCUGGUAAAGGCCGAGGAUAAAUUGCCUUUGACAGGAAGGGCAUUCAGAUUGGCAUUUGGACGAUCAAGUCUUUUUGCUUCCUCUUUUGAGAAGGUGCAAAGCAGAAGACAGUGGUUAGCAGAAAAGUUAGAUGAAAUAUCAUUUCAGAGAUCUCAAGUUAUUCCUGCCAAGGCUGUGGAUUAUUCCGUACGGAGAAUACAAGAUCUUAUGAUUGAAGAAAGUAUAGAUUGUAAUAAGGUUUCUCAACAUUUGGCUUUUACAUUGCUAGGGUGGACACUUUUUGGGGAUGCUUUUUUGGGUUGGUCUAAGGCAACCAUCUAUGAAGAACUUCUGAUGAUGAUUGCAAAAGAUGCCAAUGUUUGGGCCUCCUACAGAGUUACUCCUUUCUGGAAACAAGGAUUCUGGCGGUAUCAGCGUUUGUGCAUGAAGCUGAAAUGCUUAACACAAGAUAUUGUUCAGCAAUAUAAAAAACAUUACAAGCUUUUCUCUCACUCUCAGAAUCAAAACCUUCAAAAUGGAAUUAAAAGUUCUGGCGUGGAGGUUUCAUUUGACAUACCACCGUGUCCUGCUGCCGAGAUGCAAAAUAGCUGUUUCUUUUACGGUCUUAAUGAUCAUGUUAAUCCUAAUGAAGAACCAUACGGAAAUAUUAUGGGUGUGAUGUUUCAUGGAUGCCUAACUACCGCAAAUUUGAUCGCUUCCAUUUUGGAAAGGCUUGCCACAAAUCCCGAAAUACAAGAAAAGAUCAACUUGGAACUAGACACAGCACAAAAGGGCUCAGUGAAAGAUCCCCAGAAAAAUGUUGAUAACAUGCCACUUCUGUUCGCAACUAUAUAUGAGUCUGCUCGUCUUCUACCAGCAGGGCCUCUGUUACAAAGAUGUUCACUUAAACAAGAUUUGGACCUAAAGACUGGUAUAACUAUACCAGCGGGAACAUUAGUUGUUGUACCCAUAAAGUUGGUACAGAUGGAUGGUUCAAGUUGGGGAAGUGAUGCCAAUGAGUUUAGUCCCUACCGUUUUCUAUCAAUGGCUUGUAAUGGGACUAAUAUGAGUGAGCGAACAUCACUUGCAGGUGAAAAUGCUGGGGAUCAAGGAGAGAGCUCAUUUGUUUUGAAUGAUCCAACUGGCAAUGUUGGAUUUCUUCCCUUUGGCUUUGGUGCACGUUCCUGUGUCGGUCAGAAAUUUAUUAUACAGGGACUAGCGACAUUAUUUGCCUCAUUGCUGGCAAACUACGAGAUAAAACUUCAGUCAGAAUCUACAAAUGACUCGAAGUCGUCUUCAAACCUCUCUACAGCUCAAAUCCUUCCGAGUUCAAAGAUAGCCUUCGUAAGGAGGAACAGCUGAAGAACAGGUAGCUAAAAGCUUACAACCCCCAUGUAAUGUAUGUACUUCAGGUCAAUUUACUAAGAUUUUAUCUGAAUAGUUUUUAUGGGGAAGUUCUGUAUCUUUUUCCCCCGACACAUCGGACAUCAAAUGGGAGGCUGAGACACAUGUUUUUUCCCUCCCUAUGUUUUAUAGUAGCUCGAGUGCUGCCUUUUCACUAUUUUAUCACUUGUUUUUGAAGCGCUCGAGUUCUAUUAUUCUCCGGGGCCUUAUACUUCCCCAUCUUUAGUUUCUCAUUUGUCUCAAGUGUCUAGAGUCACUCAAGUUUCUUCUUUUUUUCUCUCCAUAGAAGGGAGAGUUUCUUGUGUACUGCAAAGUGUACUGAACAAUGCUGAACUUAAUGUACCAUCUAUGUUGCAUAUAUCUUUAAUGUCAAAUUGUAUAAGGACCAUGUUUAUGUUUU